CCAUCCCGCCGGCGGCGGCAACAGCAAGGAGGUAGGGAGCGCGGUGGUCGCUGCCUAUGGAGGCGGCAGCCGGCGCUGAGGCGGAGCCGCUGUUGCCCCCGCGGAGCUGGCGAGCGAGGCGGGUUUUCUGGCGGGCCGGUGCCCGCUCCGCUGCUGAGGACGGUGCUGGAGCUGAUAAUGACCUUUAUAUAAACCAAGCCAUAGUAUUUAUUGAAGAUGCAAUACAGUAUCGAUCUAUAAAUCACCGUGUGGACUCCAAAUCCCUGUGGCUUUAUCGAUGGUACUAUUCAAGAACCUGCCAGUGGAUUUUGAGCUUAACCAUUACUAUAAUUCUGGCUUUGGCUUUCAUUGAAAAGCCUUCUUCGCUUACUGUCACGUCAGAUGUACGAUACCGCCUUCCUGCAUGGAAUCCUCCUUGUGGCCUAACAGAAAGCAUUGAGCUGCUUUGCUUUCUCGUGUUCAUGGUUGAUGUAUCCGUGAAGAGUUACUUAGUUGGAUGGGAAGAGUUUUGGAAAAAUAGAUGGCUAAUGGCUUAUAUACUGACGUUGAUUGUUUCCCUUACUGAUUGGAUUGUAUCGCUGAGUUUCCUCUGCACGGAGGAUGUGAGAAUAAGAAGAAUUCUUCGUCCUUUCUUUCUCCUUCAGAACUCUUCUAUGAUGAAGAAAACAUUAAAAAGCAUCAACAGCACAUUGCCUGAAAUGGCAAGUGUUGUUCUACUAUUAGCUGUUCAUCUGUCUCUUUUUACCAUGUUUGCCAUGCUGCUGUUUGCUCGAACAAAGCUUUUUGCUAAGUUUAGUUUCUUCUGUGUUUUCUUAUCUUCCAAUACUGGUAUCCCUGGCCAUGCCUUGGAUGGCCAGCAGGAUAAGGAGUGGAUGGUGUAUUUCCGGAAUUUGCCAGAUUCGCUGACGUCACUGCUGGUCCUGCUAACUACUGCAAACAAUCCUGAUGUGAUGAUUCCUGCAUAUUCUAAGAAUCGAGCGUAUUCAAUCUUCUUCAUACUCUUCACUGUAUUAGGCAACUUGUUUCUGAUGAACUUGCUUACAGCAAUAAUAUACAACCAGUUUCGAGGAUACCUUCUGAAAUCGGUUCAGUCCUCCCUCUUCAGGAGACGAUUGGGAAUCCGGGCUGCGUUUGAAGUGCUUUCUUCACUGAAAGAAGCUCCUGCUAAUGCACAGCAGUCGUAUGUCAAUGUUGGGGCCUUACAACAAGUGCUACAGAAAGUUGAAAUGGAUUCUCGCUGCAAGCAAGCCAUAAUGAGGUCACUCAAAGUGUGCUCCUGUGACCAGCUGUCAGCCGCCCAGUUUCAGAAGCUCUUUGAAGAACUAGACAAAGAUGCCAUUAGACAACAUCCUCCCAGCCCAGACUACCAAUCCCGUUUUAUGCAGAAAAUGCAGUUUGCCUUUGGCCAUCCCUACUUUGGCUAUUUGGGGAAUGUUGUAGCCCUUGCAAACAUUGUUUCUAUCUGUGUGGUUUUGGUGAUGGAUGCAGAUAAGCAGCCUUCUGAAAGAGAUGACUUCUUUCUGGGGGCUAUCAACUGCUUCUUCAUCCUGUACUAUCUGCUGGAAAUGUUACUGAAAAUCUUAGCAAUGGGCUUGAAAAGAUACUUGUCGUACCCAAGCAAUAGAUUUGAUGGACUUCUGACUGUAAUUUUGCUGGUCUUGGAGAUUGCAACUUUUGCUGUGUACGGAUUUCCUCAUCCUGGCUGGAGACCCGAGUUCAUAGGCUUGUUAUCCUUGUGGGAUAUGGUGCGACUGGUGAACAUGUUAAUUGUGUUCAGGUUCCUGCGGAUUAUUCCUAAUAUGAAGUUCAUGGCUUUAGUUGUUACUACACUGCUGGAUCUGGUGAAAAACUUGAGAGCCUUUGCAGGAAUCCUUGUGGUUGUUUUCUAUGCAUUUGCUAUAACUGGCAUAAUGCUGUUUGAAGGUGCUGUUGUUCCCAUGGGAAAUAUCAGUGCUGUCAAUACAACAUAUGAUAAUGGCACUCUGCAGUGUGGGACCUAUGAACAGCUGGAAUAUUGGCCAAACAACUUUGAUGACUUCGCUGCAGCAGUGGUGACCCUCUGGGAUGUGAUGGUGGUAAACAACUGGCAAGUCUUCUUGGAAGCAUUUUCAAGAUAUUCAAGUCCGUGGGCAAAGAUCUAUUUUGUAGCCUGGUGGUUGAUCUCCUCGGUCAUCUGGGUUAAUCUAUUCGUAGCUUUACUUCUAGAGAACUUUAUUCACAAGUGGGACCGUCGCUGUCAUCGAGAGCCUCUUUCAGAUAUUGAAUACCAAAGGACAGUCGAACUAAUGUUCAGAGAUGUUUUGGAAGAACCUACAGAGGAAGAGUUGAUGGAAAAACUGCACCAGCACCCACACCUGCAGUUAUGUAGGUGACUGGUGGGAAGGACUGAUUUAUUUAGACCUCUGUUUUCUUGAGGUUGUCAGCUGGAAGAGACUGAAUGGAUUUUCUGUGAGGUGCUGUUAGGAGGGAGAAUUGUAGGACAGCGUGUGAGGUUUUGCUUGGCAAUUCUCUGCAGAAAGAGGUUUUUUUAUUUUUGGUUCAUAUCUUUUUUUGAAAAAGAUUUGAAUCCUGCUAGUUUGACUUGAUUUUUAAGUUGCAAUUUUAGAGGAAUAUUGCAGCUGUUAUUUUUAUAAACUGUUGGUAGAGGAAUGUUUUAUUUUCUGAUUUUUUUUUUUAAGAAGGGAAAGUGUGUUUAAAAUGACAGAGCACUUUAAAACAUGAACUUUGUAACCACUCAGCCUGCUACUUUUUUCAGCACAAGAAAAUGGAAUUGUCUUUGCUGGUAGGCAGGUGUGGCAAGGGCUGUGCCCUGCAAUUCAGGAAUGGAUUAGGCAGGACCAGAACAAAAUCCUUAAUCUUUUUGUAGUGAGAGUUGAAACACUAUUUCUAUUGAUAUGUGACACCAGCAUAUUUUACCAAAUUUUCAGGAUUAAUCAUGUCGGAACACAAUCAAUUUCAGCUUAGUAACAGGGGGUGCCUACUUUGCACAUCCUCUCUCUUUCAUUGUUUUUGAUCUAGAAUUCGUUGCUGAUUGCAUCAUGCUGGUAACUUUGAGAGCAGUUAUUACUUUGAAAGGAGCAAUUGCACUCGUGGUUUUCAAUGUGGUAAAAUCGAGCUCUCUUUUAGAGUAAAUAUUUUUGUUUUAGUGAACUUCUUUCUUUUACUUUCUCCCAAGUCCUGUUCUACACUGUAUCAUGUUCCAUGAAAGAGAUGAAGGGAGUGAACUUUGGCCAGAAUGUAGCACCAUGAUCACUGUGGGUCUCUCACUUGAAGGCAGGGGGAGGAAAAAAAUGUUGAAUGGGAUAAUCAAAGUGCUUAGCAGUUCAAAUUUUUGUUUGAGUCUGUGUGGAAUUGAAAGUGCUCAACCAGUAUUGCAAGAUCACAUUCUUUUAGAGCUUAAUGACCACAUGCUGUAUACCACUAACUUUCACCUGGGUAAUACUUUUUGGGUAAAUAAUUUUGUCAACAAAUCUAAAGUGGAGAAUUACCAGUAAGCCAUGUCCACGUGUUUUUCAUUAUUCCUUAGUGUUCCUCUAAAAAAGGUGGUUUUGUUUGAAUCUCUGUCAUAUAACUAGUAUUCACUAUGAAGAAUAGAAUCAAUCCCAGCUACUAUUUUUAUAUGUAAAAAUGAAACUACCCUUUGGGGUGCUGCCUUGUCAUUGAGAUACUUAUCACCAAAAUAGACAUUAUUGUGAUCAUCUCUGCAUCGACAAGGACUUGGGGAAGGUAAUCGACUAUAAAACACUGCUACUAUUUAAGUUUUUUGAUCCUUUUUAGAAAACAAAACAUUUUUGAAAAGUGCCAAGCAGUCAUCCUGUUUACUUUUCCUCUUUUUUUGUCAUCUGUCUUUUCUUUCUUUUCUGCAUAAGGGAAAAGAAAUAUCUGUUGAGCUCAAAAGCAUAUUUCUGCACUGUUGUCUUACUGUUUAGAAGUUGUGUAGCGAUUCUUGUCUAUUUCUUUAUCUUCUGCUUAAUGUUUUUCUUGUGCUGUGGAACAAAAUAUAUGUUGUAGCUUGUGGGUGUGUGUGUAAGAAAUCUGAACUGAACUCUGAGCCACUCCAGCCAUCUUUCCUUGCUUUUGCAAUCUUGCCUCUUAAGUCACGAUCUUGUCUCUGUUCUGGCACUUGUCUCCAUUCUGGAAAAAUACACCCAGUAACUCACUUGCACUGGCUUCAGUGGUAUUACUAUGCUCGUUUUCAGUUAAGCGCUUAGACCACACAUCAUGGCAUAAAGGCAUCAGCCCACAGUUAUUUGAGAUUUGAGUUUAUUUUUUUCAGUAUUGUUUUAUGUUAGGAUGGUUUCUGCUUCUUCAAGCAUGAUGUAAUCACUGCUACCAGUUUAUUGGACCUUAUUAACAGAGGUUCAAUUAUCUAUUUUACCUUUUUACUUGAAAUUUUUUUUCCACUUUUCUGAAUACUUGGAGAAGUAGCUUUGCCUUGCCAAAAAGGAAGUAACUGGUUCUUAUCUGUCUACAAGUUUAAUUUUUUUUUUGUCUCUUAAAGUUGUUUGGCAUUGGUGUUUUUGCCAUUACAUUCCACUACAAUCUACCAAAGCAACACAAAUUGGUGUGGGAUUAUCAUAAAAAUCACAAAUGUCUCCAUUGUGCGGUCUUUGCAUUUGGACAAACGUGAAGAAGGUUUUUGGAAGGGAAUAGUCUUAGUCUUAUUCUUGUUUCACAUUUGUGUAAUUGACUGAAAGUGUAACUAGAACUUAAUACAAAAAUGUGGUACCUAAUGUCACUUGUGCUGGAAGAUGUAAAUGACCAGAAGUCUUAUGCAAUAAUUGUAUAAAUCAGGAAAAUGAAUGUAUGUAACUGGGUAAAUUUUGAGGUUUGCAUUAUUAAAAAACAAUUCCUUCUCCUUCUUAAAAUAUGAAAAAAAUUGGGGUGUUGAAAUAAUUCUUGUGGUUUGUUUUUUCCCUUCCCCCUGCAACUGAUUUCUGUUGUGCUUAGCAUCUAUG